AUGGAGACGGACAAGUCGUCGAGCUCCUCCCUCGCCUCGAACGACGAAGCCGAAGCCGAAGAAGAAGAUGACGACGACGUCUUGCUCUCGACCCUGCCCAAGGAGCUCCUGGUCGAAAUCUUUGGCUUCUGUUCGGUCAAGGACGUCUGCACCGCGCGCGGUGUCUCGCGAUCGUGGCGUCGCCUCAUCGAACACGACGCCCUCCUGUGGCGUCGCCUGGGCCGCCAGCACCUCGCCCUCUACGACAUCGAGGAGUUCAUGACCCCCACCGAGCUCAAGCUGCAGGCCGAGGGUCCGCCCGACGCCACCAACUGGGUCCACAUCUACCAACGCGUCUUCGGGGGCGGCUGGGACGACACGCCGCAGACGGGGACGACACUGACCGACAACGGGCGCACGAUCUCGUACCUGCCGGGCGAUGCGGGCUAUCGCUGCUUCAUCUCCAAGAGGGCCUUCGACAAGGGCAAGCACUACAUCGAGGUGCACUUCAAGACCCUCAAGGAGGGAUUCGACAAGGGUGUCCGUGACUCGAACACGUACGGCUUCGGGCUGGCCAAUCGCACCAUCUACACCAUCAACGGCGGCUCCUCCUACCUCUCCUCCAAUAACGGAAGGGGCUGGUACGACAAUGGCAAUGCGUACAACAUCGACGAUGAGAACACCACUCUCGAGUUUCCCCACUGGAAGGAAAAAGACACGCUGGGCGUGUUCCUGGACUUUGACGAGAACAAGGCCGCCUUCUUCAUGAACAGGGAGCGGGUGACCAAGUACUUCAAGAUCUACUCUGACCUGCCCCUUGGUCCGGCACCGCAAGCUGCGGCCACCACCACCGAAGGCGCCGCCGCCGCGGCCUCGUCUUCGUCUGGGGCUUCGGGAGCAGGGGCCGCAGCCUCGCUGGCCACGUCGCCGCCGGCGGGCAUCCACAUCGCCUGCCUCACGGCCAAGGGCGGCGAGUGGACUCUCCGUUACUGCGGCUCUUGCCCGCCGCUCGAUGUGGCCGUGGGCCUCGCCUAG